CGUAACUCUUAUCGACCCAAAUACCCGGUUGUGACAGUGUGAAGUUGAGAAUAAUGUUUCAGGAUUUUAUUUUCGAUAUUUUUUAGACGAAGCAGCCCUAACCAUGUCAAACCUAGACCAAGUACUUCAGAUUGAACCUUCGGUUCCUUCGGCAGAACUUGUUUUUAGAGGUCCGUUUAAUAAAGUUUCGACAGCAUAUCUGAAGUUGACCAAUCCGUCAGAUAAGCAAGUAUGUUUCAGAGUAAGAACAACAGCACCAAAACGAUACAGUGUCAGACCAAACAAUGGUGUAAUAGAGUCAAAAGGAACAGUAACUGUGGCUGUGAUGCUGCAACCAUUCGAUUAUGACCCAAAUGUAAAGUUCCUGCAUAAGUUUAUGGUACAGACAAUGUUUGCUCCUGAUGGAAAAAUAGAAAACCAAGAACAGUUGUGGAAGGAUGUUCCACCAGAACAGUUGAUGGAUUCAAAGUUGAAAUGUGUAUUUGAUCCCACUGGGAAUUCAGCACCAACUGUUGGUAAUGGGGAUUCACAGAAACCGCAAGACGAGGAAAUAAGGCGACUCAAAGAACAGAUAAAUGCUUUGAAAGAAGAUAAUUCAAAUAUCAAGAAACGUCAAGACGAGGAAAUAAGACGACUGAAAGAACAGAUAGAUGAUUUGAAAGAAGAGAACUCAAAUAUCAAGACCCUGACGAGUGCCUUCAGACAGCUCGACACAGAUCAAGAUGGCUUGGUGACCAUUACAUUCGAGCAUUUCUUGUCGCUAGUGUUCAGUUUAAAGUUAAAGAGUUGAAGCGGAGUUUUAAACAUGUUCAAACAUUUACAUAUCAUUAUUUAUAUUUCAUCAUAGUUUGUCUUAUUCAAAAUUAAUAUCAGCAUUCUCAUGUACACGGAUCAAAAUGGCUAGGCCACUGUUCUAAUAUUUGCAUAAUUUAACUAACAUUUAACAUCUUUAGGUUAAAGCCUUGCCAAGUUUGUAAGUUGAGGAAACAGGAAAGAAUAGGGGAGUCGUGAUCUGUUAUUUUAAGUGUUGGCUGCUCAACCAGAAGGUCAUGUUUUAAGCAAUCGUAGGGUAAUGUAUUAAUUGGCCUCUUGUGACACCAACAUUUGUUAUUCAGGAGGUAGUCUUGAGCAUGAUUCAAAUAAGCAUCACGCUUUCAUCAGUAUCCAGCUAAUUUAAUUAAAAUAAACAUUGAGGAAGCCCCUACCUUGCUUGUUCAACGUUGGUAGUUACAUAUAGGUGCCUGAAAUAAUUGCAUGAGGUACUACACCAUUCCAUUAAAUACUCCGACCCACAGUAUAUAAUAUUUAUCUGUGCUAAUGAUAUUAAAAUGUUAACAGAGGAUUUAGUCUUUAGGCAUGUUGUGACAAACAAACAGAUAUGACUCUUGUUUAAUUCUAGAUAUAGAAAAACUUCAUUACAUUUGACUACCUUUAACACAGUUAACACAGUUAACACAUAUUUUUGUUGUUUAUGUAUUAGGUUUUCAGGGCACUGUUCAUACGAUAAUAAUUACAAUAUCUAAUAAUUUAAGCAACCCUGCUUGGUUACCUCAAUAGGGAGAAAGCAGAUCUAAGGAUCGUGGGGUCGUGAGUUCGAUCUUUGGGUAAGACCUGUUCUCCUUGACAAUUUGAUAAAUGAUAAUGUGCCUGAAACUGUUUGUCCUCCACGUCAGAUUCAUGUGGGGAAGUUGGCAGUCACUUGCUGCGAACAGGUUAAUACAGACACAGAGUUUAGAAAGACUGAUUAUGAUCAUAGAUAAUCUACCACUAUGUUACAAAACUAAAGAUACAGGCAACAAAAAUGUUUCUAAACCUGCAGAAAAGAGUGUCUUCUGCAAAAUGCAAAAAAAGGGUGCAUGGUGUUACAAAAAGUAAGUAUUUAUUUCUUGUAUAUUUAUUUCAAUAACACUUUUGCUCCACAUGCCGAUAUCUUUCUAUGAGUUUUUAUGUUUUAAUUUAUUGUUGAAUAAACAUAUUUAUAGGGUU